AUCUCAACCCUCCUUUUCUUCACUAGAUUGCGUCAACUACAAUGCUUGAUUUCUCUUCUACCUUUUGUGACAUCUCGAAGAACAGGAUGGCUGUCUUUCUUUGCUUUCUUUUCUUGAUUAUCUCCUCUGCUACUGGUUGUGAUCGAUGUGUUCACCAAUCCAAGGUUGCAUAUUUCUCCAAAGCCUCGGCCCUUUCAACUGGGGCUUGUGGAUAUGGUUCCAUGGCUAUAGGAUUUAAUAGUGGACACCUUGCGGCUGCUGUUUCUUCUCUUUACAAAGAUGGAGCUGGAUGUGGUGCUUGUUUUCAGAUAAGAUGCAAAAACACAGCUUUAUGUAGUAGCAGAGGAACUAGAGUGAUUGUGACUGAUCUUAAUAACAAUAACCAAACAGACUUUGUUCUUAGUAGCAGAGCUUUCAUGGCCAUGGCCAAAAAGGGCAUGGGUCAAGACAUCUUGAAACACGGGAUUUUGGACGUGGAAUAUAAAAGGGUACCUUGUGAAUACAAGAAUCAGAAUUUGGCUGUUCGAGUAGAAGAAUCAAGCAAAAAACCAAAUUACUUGGCCAUUAAACUACUAUAUCAAGGUGGCCAGACAGAGGUAGUAGCCAUGGACGUUGCUAAGGUUGGUUCUUCGAAUUGGGGUUUCAUGAGCAGGAAUCAUGGAGCAGUAUGGGACACCGACAGGGUUCCGGCAGGAGCUCUUCAAUUCAGAUUUGUGGUAACAGCUGGAUAUGAUGGAAAGUGGAUUUGGGCUCAGAAAGUCCUGCCUGAAGAUUGGAAGCCUGGGAUGACAUAUGAUUCAGGAGUCCAAAUCACCGAUAUUGCACAAGAGGGUUGCUCUCCAUGUGAUGAUGGGAUAUGGAAAUGAGGGGUCUUGCCACUACUAAUGUUAAUAAUAUUCAUCUAUACACACACAGUUUGAUCUGAUGUCAUUCUUCACAACAGAAUUCGAUAAUGUAGAGGAAUUUUAUGAAGUUAGCAUAUCUUUUUAUAGUAGCAGCAAUUCAGUUUCAAUGUUCCUCCUCCUCCUUUUUGUACUUUGCGAGUAGGGCAUUUGUCCACCUUACACAUCUUUAAUGGUGUUUAACGUAUUUGUUUUUUUUCCUUCCUCCAAUAAAUUAAUGUCCAUUCUCUCUC